CCCAUGUAUUCCAAACAAUCCCCAAUUUUUUUGCCACUAUUGGGCCUUUUUUUUUUUUUCUUUUUUUUGAAUUUUUAAUUUCGCAUUUUUUUAGAGAAACCGUUGCAGGAGAUUGAUUUAAGAGGCGGAAGAGACCAUAGAUCGAAGAAAGCAGAAGGGAGUAGAAAGAAUGUGGAGAUAUGGAGAAGAAACGAAUCCUUCUAGUAGACAUUUCAUAAUCAACUCACCUUAUCGAGAGUUUCUGCUGUCAUCUUAUUGAAUAGCUGCAAUGGUUGCGUCGUAUUUGGGAUUAUUAUUGUAAUUUUCCCGCUAGAUGUGCAUCUUGUAUCGAUCUCCGAAAGAUGGGUGAAUUUGAAGAGCAAGAUGGCUUAUGGAUGCGGUGCUAUAGUCCGGGAAACGACCAUGUUAUGGCUAGCUCGGGUUCGCAUAACAGUAAUCAAAACACACAGAGUCUUCUUUAUCCCGAGACUGAAUCUCAAAAUGCUGCAGAGAAUGCUAAUCAAAGUAGAAUCGAAGGUCGCGAAGCAAGUGACUCGAAUGUGGGAGGAAGCCUUAGGGAGAGGAUGGCUGCGAGAGCCGGUUUCAAUGCUCCAAAGUUAAUUACGGAUAACAUUAGGCCGGAAGUUCAGUCUCUUCUUUUGACAAUGCCUUCGGAUAUUAGCGCACUCAGCCUGAUGGAUUCUCCGGUUUUCCUCACGAAUUCAUUGGCUGUCCCGUCUCCUACGACUGGAAAAUUUCCAUCAAUCCCCGGCGAAAGCAGUCAAAAUUCAAAAUUUAUGUCUGAUGAUCGUGACAUAACAUCCUCAUCCUUCGCUGUUGAUCAAGCAAUGGGCAAUGAUAAAGUUUUCGAGGUUGUCCCAUCGUAUGCAUUCGCAGAUGUUACAGAACCCCUAUCGAUCCCUCAGCUGAAUGCCCCGAACAUUGUGCAUUCUUCUGCAUUGCCUCCACAGCCGAUGCCUGGUGUCGCGAUUUCUGUUCCUUCUGAAGCUACAUUAAUGGCUUCCACUGUUGUUCCGAGGAAUUCUCCGCCUAAGGAUGAACAAGGCGGGGAAGAUGGCGAUAGGAGAGGCAGCGACGAUACAAGCACCGACGAUGGUUAUAACUGGAGAAAGUACGGGCAGAAACAGGUGAAAGGGAGCCAGUAUCCCCGGAGUUACUACAAGUGCACAUUUGCAGAUUGUCUGGUGACGAAAAAAGUCGAACGGUCUCUCGAGGGUCACAUCACCGAGAUUAUCUACAGGGGGAACCACACCCACCCUAAGCCGAAUCGACAACCUCCCCCCGGCUCGUCUAGAGCGCAAGCGCACAAAUCGUCGGAUGUCGAUAUGGCGCAUGAAUAUGGCAAUGGAGGUGCUUUCCAGGGUCAAACCCGCGCCCGCGAGUCGGGGGAUGGUUUGGAUCAAUCUUGUAUCUCAAACGACGAUGAAGAUAACUGCGUCGCGCAUGGCAGCGCACUCUUAGUUUACGUAGGCGGAGGAGAUGAAAUGGAGCAGAAGAAAAGGAGACUCGAGGCUGAAAUGACAGGGGCUACCCGAUCGAUAAGAGAGCCCCGCGUCGUCGUCCAGACGACGAGCGAUAAUGAAAUUCUCGACGAUGGGUAUCGAUGGCGCAAGUACGGGCAGAAGGUUGUGAGAGGCAAUCCGAAUCCGAGGAGCUACUACAAGUGCACGCACUCGGGAUGCAAUGUCCGGAAGCACAUCGAGAGGGCGAAGCACGACUUGAAUUCAGUGAUAACGACGUACGAGGGCAAGCACAACCACCAAGUGCCUGCAGCACGGAACAGCAGCCAUAACAACAAUAAUGCAGCGGCGGGCGGAAAUUCAAAUGCAAAUUCAAACUUAAAUUUACAUGCAAAUGCAAAUGCAAAUUCAAAUGCAAAUGCUCUUCCUCCUCGACUUCCCCCAAUUCCAAUUAACCUUCACCGACCCGACCCUCUGCAACUCCACAUCCGGUUCGAGAAUAAUCUGCUCAGGACAGCAAACCACCCCGCCUCUGCCCUCGUUAACAUGAGGUUGCCUGGAUUGGGUGUCCCCCACGCUAGAUUUCCGCAAUUACCGCCGCAUCUAAAUCCAUAUAUGCAAAGAAAUCAUCAAGCUCAGGCACAAAUACAAGCUCAAGCUCAAGCUCAGGCACAGGCACAGGCACAGGCUCAGGAAAUGAAUGAUGGGAUGGGGAUUGCGUUACCAGAAUUAGAGCCCUAACCGGAGCCGGGAGCCAGCGAUUCUGCAAUUUAUCAGCAGCUUAUGAGUCAGAAAGGAAGCCUAAAACCUCCCAUGUGAAAGAGAUUUGCAAUUUUGCUACUUUAUAUAUAGAUUUUCUGUUGGGAGAAAUUUGUAGCUUUUGUUAAAUUUUUUGGUUAUGAAUUUGUUACAUGCUAGGAAGCCUUUACAACAUUAAUUUUUUUUAUUUUUUUAUUUUUAGUAUUUCUUUGUAACUUUCAAGUCAUGUUCAACUGGAAAGUGUUAUACCUCAACUCUAAGGAUUUAUACUAUUCA